AUGGCUGCACUCGGCGACGACCUCUUGUCCACGGUCAACAAGCUGCAGGACCUGGUCUUCAACACAAUCGGAAACGACUCGCUCGAUCUCCCUCAGAUUGUCGUUGUCGGCUCUCAGUCUGCCGGGAAGUCGUCCGUACUCGAGAACAUUGUUGGCCGUGACUUUCUGCCCCGCGGUAGCGGUAUCGUCACACGCCGGCCCCUUAUCCUCCAGCUCAUCAACGUCCCUGACGACGGUAUCGAUGCCUCGCAACAAGCUGCGCAUCCUUCCCAAUACAACGCAAAUGUCGCGCGCCCUGGCGAAUGGGGCGAGUUCAACCACAUCCCCAACAGGCGCUACACCGACUUUGGCGACGUCAAGCGCGAGAUUGAGAAUGAGACUGCCAGGGUGGCCGGCAACAACAAGGGCAUCACUCGCCAGCCCAUCAACCUCAAGAUUUAUUCUCCACACGUUCUGAACCUCACCCUGGUCGACCUCCCAGGCCUCACAAAGGUGCCUAUCGGUGACCAACCUGCCGACAUCGAAAAGCAGACUCGCAACCUCAUCUCAGAGUUUAUCGCAAAGCCAAAUAGCAUCAUCCUCGCCGUCUCUCCCGCCAACGUCGAUAUUGUAAACUCCGAGGCUCUCAAGCUUGCCCGCCAUGUCGACCCAUUGGGACGGAGGACUAUUGGUGUCCUGACCAAGGUGGAUCUCAUGGACCAUGGUACCAACGCCCUUGAUAUUCUGUCCGGGCGAGUUUACCCCCUCAAGCUGGGAUGGAUCGGUGUCGUAAACCGAUCACAGCAAGACAUCCAGGGCAACAAGCCCAUGGAAGAGGCCCUGAAAGAUGAGGAGAACUUCUUCAAGCUGCACCCAGCGUACAGGAAUAUUGCCAUGAAGUGUGGCACGCGCUUCCUGGCCAGGACCUUGAACACCACUUUGAUGGGACAUAUCAGGGAUCGCCUGCCUGAUAUCAAGGCUCGACUGAAUACACUGAUGGGACAGACCCAGCAAGAACUCGCCAGCUAUGGCAACAUGCAAUUUAGUGGUAGAGAGCACCGGGGCUCUCUCAUUUUGCAGCUUAUGACUCGAUUCGCAGCUUCAUUCAUGUCAUCGAUUGACGGGACUUCAACCGAGAUCUCCACCAAGGAGCUGUGCGGUGGCGCCCGGAUAUACUAUAUUUUCAACUCCGUGUUUGGCAGCUCGCUAGACACGAUCGACCCGACCUCCAAUCUCUCUGCUUCUGACAUCCGCACCGCAAUCAGGAACUCUACUGGUCCUCGGCCGAGCCUGUUCGUUCCUGAGAUGGCGUUCGAUCUUCUCGUGAAGCCGCAGAUCAAGCUCUUGGAGAUUCCCAGCCAACGUUGUGUUGAGUUGGUAUACGAGGAACUUAUCAAGAUCUGCCACACAUGUGGGAACAUCGAGUUAUCACGUUUCCCGAGGUUACAGGCCAAGCUUAUUGAGGUCGUAUCGGACCUUUUGCGAGAGCGUUUGGGACCCGCGUCCGGCUACGUCGAGUCCCUGAUUUCGAUACAGCGGGCUUACAUCAACACAAACCAUCCAAAUUUCCUAGGUGCUGCAAAUGCCAUGAGCAACGUAGUAGGCGCCAAGCAGGAGAGGGAACGCAAACGCCUUAUCCAGGAGGAGCGUGAGCGGAGAGAGAGAAGACGUGCGAAAGAACUCGGGGCUAAUGGUACAGAGGAGGCCGAAGAAGACGAGCAUGCUGGCGCUGAAAAGGCGGAGCACGCAUCUAUUCGCAAGGCGCAGGGCAAGGGUGCGCGCAGCAUGUCACCGGCGGUAAGGGAGAAUGGCACCGGUGGCAUCACGGCGGCGCUGAACGGAGCGCGUUCAGCCUCUCCCAUGAUGCAAAACUCCCAGGCCGCUGGCGGGCCGAAAGACUCUUUCCUGAACUACUUCUUUGGAAAGGAUGGCGCGCAACCAGCUUUCCCGCCGCCGUCGCACAACGCAAACAUCGGUCGACAUGUGAGUCAGGGCUCGGAGCCAUCGAUCAGCCAGAGCUUCAGGCACCAGGAGCCCGUGCUUCGCUCUCCCAUUCAAACCACAGCAUCGCACACACACGAUGAUGACUUUGUCUUCGGCUCAUCGGUGCCCCGUGGUGCAGACUUUGGUGCUACCGGCGAGCCGGCCAUGACGGAACGCGAGCAGAUGGAGACGGAGCUCAUCCGGGCCCUGAUCUCCUCUUACUUCAACAUAGUACGUGAGUCGAUCGCCGACCAGGUCCCCAAGGCCAUCAUGCACCUGCUGGUCAACCACUGCCGCGACGAGGUACAGAACCGCCUCGUCAGCGAGCUGUACAAGGAGUCGCUGUUCGAGGAGCUCCUGUAUGAGGACGACGGCGUCAAGAAGGAGCGCGAGAAGUGCGAAAAGCUGCUGCAGACCUAUAGGGAGGCGGCCAAGAUCAUCGGCGAGGUGGUAUGA